AGUACCUGACCAGAACCAUGCCCAUAACCAGGACUAUGCCCAAUCACCAUGGCCAUGCCACCAUCAUGUGUUAAUCGGUACUCUUCAACCUUUAAUGUUUAUCGUUUCCGAUUGCAACUCAGUAGGUGCUCACCAUUCACCAAUUACCACGCACUUUCAUUCUAUUACUUGCUACUACUACUCCAGCGGGAACGUAUGUUCUCCACCAUCCAUAUACUUCUGAGUGCAUCGGCAGCUAUGGGGGUGCAAGUGCCAGAUGUUCCUUCUGGCUUGCACGAUUUACAGUUCGGACGACGUCUACCUCCAAGCUCAUCGAAUGCUUACUUCUAUGGGAGUUCUUGCAGCAGCCCUGCUCAAAGUAUUUCCUCGACCUCAGAGUGUGAUGAGGCUGCAGCGGCGCUCGGGCUCAGCCUGGGCUACCGGGGAAGCAACGACUACGGUGGCGACUGUGCGAAGUGGGUCGUCCUGGGGAUGCAGGACUGGUACUACCAUCACGGGAGCACCAUGCACAACGCACAACCAAUCUGCAAGCUGCCGGUCUAUGUGCUGGGCAGCAUGUGUCCCGUCGGCUACGCGCCCCUGGCUUCUCCGCCCGAGUGCAUCGCGGCUGGACGCGCGCUCGCGCUCAGCAUGCAGGACACCUUCAAGUGCGAGAUCUGCGGCCUGCAGCCGUACAUUGUCUUCCACACCACUCAGCCAGAGGCGGCCUGCCCCGCUGGGUUCGCGAGCAUCUCCUCUCCGUCGGAGUGUGACGAGGCCGCGGCCGCGCUCGGCCUCGGCCUGCACGGUGCCGGGGCGAGCAGCGACUACGGCGGCGACUGUGCAAAAUGGGACGGUGGGUCGGGCCAGCAAGAUACGUACUUCCAUCAUGCAUCCAACCAGCCGGGUGCCUCACCAAUCUGUGCUGCUGUUCAGAAGGUUGAGCCGACGCCCAGCCCGACGUUGAAUGCAGAGAUGUCGGAGGACUGUACAGAGCUCGUUGUCGUUGAUGGUACCAGCGCCACCGACUGGGGAACGACUUGCCGCUUCAUUCCAGCUGAGGCAGAUCACAUCAAAAUCGGCAUGGGAGAGAUGACAGACUACUUCAAGCCAGUUGCAGGGGCUGACUUUUGCGAUAUGCUGACAAGUUCCACGCAGCAUCAAUGGAGCAAUGACGUGAUCACCUGGAGGAUACCCGACUAUUACCACAAUCACUUUGGCGGAUCUGCGGCAAACUGGCCGAGCAACAACGUAGAGGGUGACGGACGAAGGUUUCUGCCAUUCUGGGGGGACGGCGUCGGCGGCUCUUAUGGCUGCUGCCACAACAGCUACACGGAUGCCGCGAUGCCCUUGCGGAUCUUCAAAAUGUCUUGGUGCAGACCGCCACGCGUGGAUGCUCCGAGCCAGGUCUCGGCGCAGCUGGGCCCAAUGGGGCCGAUGGCGCCCGCUACGGGGGCGAUGGGGUCGAUAAUAACGCCUGCGGCGACGCCCGCGCCGCCGACAACUGGGGCAAGCGCUGGCCAGAUUUCCGCCGUCGGCGAUCCCCAUCUGACAAAUAUCUUCGGGCAGAAGUUCGACCUGAUGAGGCCAGGCUGGCACGUCAUGAUAAGUAUUCCUCGCGGGGAGGGCGCAGAGAAGACAUUGCUCCACGUGGAGGCCGAUGCGCACCGACUGGGUGGAUCAUGCGCGGAUUUGUAUUUCCAGAAGCUGAGCGUUACGGGGGCUUGGGCAGAGAUGAAACAAAAAGGAGGGUACCAUUAUCGAGCGCUUGAUGAUACUAAUGAUACUCAGGAGUGGCUUAGCUUCGGCAAGGUUGACUUCAAGAUUGCCCACGGACGUACGCAAUCCGGCAUCCGGUAUUUGAACCUUUUUGCUCGACAUCUGGGGCGAGCAGGCUUUGAUGUCGGGGGUCUGCUGGGAGAGGACGACCACUCUGAGGCAGCCGAGCCUCCAGCCUCGUGCUCCCAGAGCCUCUCCCUGGUGCAGGGGGGCGUGGACACGUCGGGCUGGAGCUCGUCUGCAUCCGUCGCAGAGGCAACGCUCGAUUGAGCCUCAUGAUUUGUGGGCCCUCAGAGCUCAGAGGCCUCCAGCCCAGAUCCCGCUCUCUCCCUCCCCCUCCCCGUCCCCCUCCCCCUCCCCCUCCUCCUCCUGCUGCUCCUCCUC